GAAAGUGAAGGUUGUUCAAAUGAUGAUUUUAAAACUGGCUGAGACCUAAAAUGAAAAAGAAAAAAUUUGAUCAUUGAUUGAAGAAAAAAAAUGGCUACCAAAAGACAAACAAGUGUCCCUGAUAUUUCGGCUUUAAAAGCCAAUGAUAGUGCAAUGAAGUUGAGAAUAAAAGAGUUAGAAGAAGAAGUAUCUAGUCUAAAGAAAAGAUUGGACGAGUUACGGAAGGCUAAAAACACAACAAUUACCAAACGAGAAAGAGAGGUAGUAGAAGUUGGUACACCAUUCGCCAAAAGAGAUUCAAGUAAUGAUAUAAAAGUAGCUAAUCUGGAGAAGAAACUACAGAAAACUGACAAAGACAAAGAUAAAGAAAUUGAAGAUUUACGCAAGAAAUUUGAAGCAGAAUUAUCUGCUGCUAAAAAGUCGAAUAAAAAAGGCUCUAACCAAAAUUGUAACCAUGAAGCCGAAUUAUUGAUGCUCAAAACCAGUAUUGAGGAAUUAGAAUCAGACAAUGCAGCACUUCGUCUCCAUAGCGACGACCUCAAGGACAAAAUCAAAUCAUUAGAAGCAGACCUCAGUAUAAAAGAAGCCAAUUGGUGUGACAAUGAGGAGAAAUUAAAAAUGCAGCUUAAAUUAUCAUUCAAUGAAAAAUAUAAAGAAUGGAUGCAGCAGACUGAAGCUAAGAUUACAGAACUGCAGGAAACCAAUGAAUUAUUGAGAGGUUAUCUGAAAGACAAGAAAUGACAGAAACAGUACAGAAAAAAAGAUUAGAAAAGGCUCAAUUAUAACUGUGAUUUAACAUAUCAGUCCGUCCAUUUUUUAAAUUAUUUUUCCCUUUAGUUAUUUAUAAAUGUCAGUGUUAUUUAGCAUACUAAAUUACAUAUAGUUCUUACAGAGAAAUAACAGUUGGUAGUUGACAACCAUUUUGAAUCUCUUCAUCCACUUAAAGGGACAUUCCGCUUUUUUUUGUAGGUCAGAAUAUUUUUUGCUCAAGUUUGUGAAAACUAUACACCAAAAUCUAGAGAAAUGUGCCCUUUAAAGUAUCUGGAAAUUUUAACUAAAAAAUCAAUGUUAAUUUUUAAACAUUAAAAAUAUUUAAAAACAUAUUAUGUUUUUUUUAACGUAUAAGGUUUUUUAUGUGU